AACACACCCUAUAGCCUUCCUCCUCCAUGCCCUCACAUUUUCUGUGCCUCAACUAACCAAUAUAUGAUAUGAUUUCUCCCUUUAUAAAUAAAUCCCAACCUUCCAUUUCUCCGGCAGGCAGCUACCUCCACUCCACCUCUUUCUCAUCUCCUCUAUCUCUUCAAUCAAUGGCCUCUACCUUCAACUUAGCAGCAGCUCCACUCCUCAUCCUUCUCUUCACUGCCUUCUCUUCUCUUCCCCUUCACGCCCUCAACAUCGGCCUCAAUGCUCACGCUGGUCUCGACCUGUUCAAACAGUGCAGCAGAACAUGUGAAUCUAUGUUCUGUGAAGCUCCUCCAUUUCUGAGAUACGGAAAAUACUGCGGACUUUUGUACAGCGGAUGCCCGGGGGAGCAGCCCUGUGAUCGCUUGGAUGCUUGCUGUAUGCAUCAUGAUCAGUGUAUAUCCAAAAUGGGAAAUGAUUACUUGAGCCAAAAGUGCAAUAAAGAAUUCCUCAACUGUGUGGAGGCGUUCAAGAGAUCCGGUGCACCCUCCUUCAGAGGGAACACGUGUCAAGUUGAGGAUGUUGUCAAAUCCAUUAACAAUGCCAUGAGAGCUGCUAUUGUUGCUGGAAAAGUUUUUGGUAAACCCUAAACAACAAAAAACCA